AACCGGCCUUGUUUUGUUUUCUUAGGUGAUCGAUAUGCCCGAACACAACCCCGGCAAUUUGGGAGGAACCAUGAGGCUGGGCAUCAGAAGAACGGUUUUCAAAACGGAAAAUUCAAUAUUAAGGAAACUUUAUGGUGAUGUUCCUUUUAUAGAAGAAAGACACAGACAUCGGUAUGAGGUGAACCCAAGCCUGAUCAGUCAGUUGGAGCAGAACGACUUAAGUUUUGUAGGUCAGGAUGUUGAUGGAGAGAGGAUGGAAAUCAUUGAACUGGCAAAUCAUCCCUAUUUUGUUGGUGUCCAAUUCCAUCCUGAGUUUUCUUCUAGGCCGUUGAAGCCUUCUCCUCCGUACCUGGGCCUAUUACUUGCGGCAACCGGGAACCUGCAUGGCUACUUGCAACAGGGAUGCAAGCUGUCUUCUAGUGAUAGAUACAGCGAUGCCAGUGAUGACAGCUUUUCAGAGCCAAGAAUAGCUGAGUUGGAAAUAAGCUGAAACUAAUGACUCGGAAUAAUCAGGACUGCCUGAGAGGGCUCUGAAGUAAUUGAAGCCAGGAUGAAGGAACUGAGGAAAUCACACUCUUAAAGAAUCCCUUUAUUUUCCACUAAACAUGGAUGUAGACCUUCGAAGGAGAUCUAAUAAUAGAGAAACCAGAACCAAAAGGCCACCACCCUUUUUACUCUAGAGGUGGCCUUUGGUUCUCACAAAUUUCUGUAGCCAAUUAAACUUUUCCCAACAACCUC